CUUCUGUCAGCAGAAGUUGUUUGUGUGAGCAUCUCAAGGACGGCAUCAUGUGAUUUGGAAAGAUUUCAAAGCUGAAACCACACUGUAAUUUGGUUUAGUGUCGUUUAGCAGGUGAACUAAAUCCUUCGAUUGAUUCUGAGACAAGAGAGUAAAAUGAUCUGUUUAGGCAGAAGACACCUCCCUCUGUGUUGCACUCUCCUCUUUUGUCUACUAGGACUUUCUACCUUUUCAGGUUGUGUGUCUGCAGAAAGCAUCAUAGCCACAGUGGGAGAAGAUGUUACUUUGACAUGCAACUAUGAUGCUAAGUACUACGGCAGGCUUUCUGCAUGCUGGGGUCGAGGAGCCAUCCCCAACAGUGGCUGUGCCAAUGAGGUGAUCAAGUCAGACGGGAAAUCAGUGAUCAGCAGACUGUCAGAACGUUACCUGUUCAUGGGUAAUCUUGGUGGGGGUGAUGUGUCACUGACCAUCAGGCAAGUUGAGGAGAGCGACUCAGGGAUGUAUGGCUGCCGUGUGGCGAUACCGGGCUGGUUCAAUGAUCAAAAACACCAGCUGACUCUGACGGUAGUGGCAGUACGCCCUAAUCCCCUGAAGGUGGAGACAAAAGAGGUGAAGGAAAGAACUGUCACUGUUCGCUGGACUCCUGUGUUUGAUGGAGGCAGGCCCAUUACAACCUACAGGAUUGAUCUCAAAAACAAACAGGCAUCUUGGGACACUGCAGUAAUAACUGAAGUCUCAAAUCCCGAACUGACUCAGCUGACUUUGGUGGAUCUGCGACCGGCCAAGAGCUACAACCUUCGCAUGUUUGCUAUCAACAGUGUGGGCGUGAGCGAGGCCAGCAAUGUUCUGAUAGUCACAACGAAAGAAGCAGCACCAGAGGGUCCCCCCCUAGAUAUGCAGCUUGAGGCCCUCACUUCUCACAGCAUCAAAGUCACUUGGAAGCCUCCGAGGCCGGACCUCAGAAAUGGGGUUCUUCAGAGUUACAGCAUUACCUACAGAGAGUAUGACUCUGCAGGCAGACAGUUUAAAAGAUGGCAGCACUUAAGUAUGACGGCCACACAGGAACUAGAGAGCGUCAUCCUGAGCAACCUGAAGCCUUCCACCAAAUAUGGUGUGCUUGUACAGGCCAAAACAAAUGCAGGAAUAGGACCUGCCUCAACUGCACCUCUCUGCUCCACUCUGGAUGAGGAUCACAAAACUUCAACAGCGUCAACUAUUACGUCUACUUCCACUGCUGCCACAAUGUGGAUACAAGACACUACAAGUUUCACUUCAGUUCACAAAACUUCAACAGCGUCAACUAUUACGUCUACUUCCACUGCUGCCACAAUGUGGAUACAAGACACUACAAGUUUCACUGCAGUUCACACAGCUUCAACAGUUGAGACUGUUACUGCUGCCAUAGUCUGGGGAGACAGCACUACAAGUAUCAUUUCAGUGCCCCCAGAUCCCCCAGUGGUUGAGUUAAAGGAGGUCAACGGCAAUACAAUUUCUCUUUUAUGGACUCCUGGGUUUGAAGGUGACAGCCCCAUUACUGGAUAUUACCUGGAGUAUAAAGCAGUUAACGCCUCGUGGGAUUAUACAAAGACAGUUGUAGACUUUAGCCCCGACCAGACAGAGGCCACAAUAAUAGAGAUAAAUCCCUCAACAUACAACAUCCGCAUGUUUGCCAAGAACAAUCUGGGCACCAGUAAAGCUAGCAACGUCCUCACCAUCACCACUGGAGAAACAGGCCAUCAGAGGGAUGAUCAUCUUACAACCAUAUCUAAUGACACUCAUGCUGCUGCGAGCGUUGAGGAGAGUCUAAGCGGUCACUUAGCGGCCAUCGUGGUGCCAGUGGUGCUGGUGUUGUUGAGUGCUGCCAUAGUAACCACAUGGCAACUUCGACGAAUAAAACAGAGAAAAGGCAGCCUGAACAUAUGGCUGCCCGGUGGAGCGCUACGUUACAGAGGCUCUGAGUCACUACAAGAGCUGUAAAACUCUCAGUUAGACUACUCUACACUUUUUACACAAUUCACAAAUAAGCAGUAGUUUGAAUUGUAUGAAUUCUGCGAAAGAAUAUUGUAUAUUUCUGUUAAUUAUGUAAUUGAGGAAAGAAAUCAAAUCUGCUACGACUCUGUUUUGUAAACACUCACUAAAGAAGCUCUGACCACAACACCAGUGUAGUUUGGGUUUUAUACAAUAACUUUCCAAUAUGUGUUUUAACAAAGCUAUUUUUGCUCACUGAGAUACUGUUGCUGAGAUAGCCACUACGCUAUAGCCUACUAUACUUAUUUUUGUUGUUUCUCUCUUUCUAACAAUAUACUAUAUAUCUGCUGUUUACACUUUUAUUACCAUCAAGUCAUUAAAUCACUUCUUUUAUUUUUAUUUGACUUUAUGUAUAAUGUAAUGGUAGCCUACUACAUCUUUGCUAUUUUCCGUUAUGAUAAUAAACUUCCACAGUGUUUGUUCA